AGCCGCGUUUUAGCGCAUGUUAAUGAGGUUCCUCGAGCUCUAGUGACAGUUUGCGGCUGAAGGCCAAUCAGAGGGGGAGAGAGUUUGCAAGACACAAGACAAGCAGUGUGUUGAAGCUGCACGCAGGAGGUGUUUGAGGAGCAUUGUCAGCUGGAAAGAUUUGUUUUUUUCUCCACAAACUUGGCUUUUAUUGGAUUUUGGAAGGGGGGGGGGCGCUGUGGACGCACUUGGAUCUUUUCGUUAUUUUCGUCUGGAUUUUGUACAUGUUCUCCUCCUCAGAACUCAUGAAACCAUCUUUUCUCCCGUGUGGACGCUCUAAUGAUGUCUAUGGCUCUCAUGCCUGACACCCUCAAUGGCCCCGACCCGUCCAAAUCGGCUUUUCUCGAGUUCGGACACGCGCAUCCGGCUCACCAGCAGCGCUCCGCGGGGCUUGCUCACAUUUACCCCGUGCACGGCUUCCACGCUGCUGGCAAUUCGCAGCACGACGGCUCGUUCCCGGCCAGCGCGUCUUAUGGUCGCUCUUUGGGUUACGCCUACCCCGGCGCUUCGAAUUCUCACCCCCAGUCUGCUUACAUGUCCUACCAGCACAACAAUAAUAGCAGCUCCAGCAGCAGCAGUUUGAGCCUGCAUGGACGAUUAGAGCACGCAGAUCACGACAAGUCCCCCGCGCUGGAAAGCCGGGACAUGCGUUUAAAUGGCAAAGGGAAGAAGAUCCGCAAGCCCCGCACCAUCUACUCCAGUCUGCAGUUGCAAGCUCUGCACCAGCGCUUCCAGCAAACCCAGUACCUGGCCCUGCCUGAGCGUGCAGACCUGGCGGCCAAACUGGGACUCACUCAGACUCAGGUGAAAAUCUGGUUUCAGAACAAACGCUCCAAGUACAAAAAAAUCAUGAAGCACGGGAGCGGGGCAGAUGGCGAGCAUUUGAGCAGCACCAGCUCACCCUCGCCUUGCUCGCCUCACGGGAUGCCGCAACUUUGGGACGUGUCCAUGCAGGCCAGUAAAGCAGGAGGCCCCAUGUACCCCAAUAACUACAUGAACAAUUUGGGCCACUGGUACCCCGGCCAACAUCCUCACCAGGAGGCCAUGUCCAGACAUCAGAUGAUGUGAGGGAGGAUUGUUGGAUUGUGCAAGUCUGGCUGGAUCACGCGCUAAUUUUGCGCGUCAUUUGACGAAACAUUUCAAAGACACCAAAGAGGACCUGGAUGAACGCGUUGUGAACUGGUCGCACGCAUGAUUAUUAACAGAGGCAUUCUCCAUUGAACACAUUCUCUGAGUAUUAAGCUAACAAACAGAUGUUAGAUGAGCCUUGUUGUGACUCUGUAAUAUAGCCGAGAUGCCUCCUUGAAAUACGCCAAAUGUCUCACCGGCUUCGACAGCAAGCGGACAUCGGAGUGGAAGCCAACAAAUCUGUGUGAACUGCAAAUAAAACACUGUCUCUGUUCUGUUUUGUAUUGAACACAUAAAGAUGAAUUAACUGCUGCUAUGA